AAGUGGGGUACCAAAACAUGUGACCAACACCAAAAACCAUGUUUGUCAGUUAUUAUUGAACUACUGUUAUUAGUUAGCCUGUUACUUAAACAAGAAUCCUAACUCCCACGUAUUUGUCAAGUGAUUAUCUAAUCUGCAAAAACUUGGUCUAUCUCUUCAUAAAUCCUUUUAUAAAGGAACUAUCUAUUGUGCUUGAAGCCUUUUAAAAAUUAAAAUUUGAAUGUUACAGUGCAGCAGAAGGCCAAGUAGCCAUGUGACACAAUGGGUAGAUGUUAGCCCUGGAAUCAGAAGGACAAGAGUUUAAAACCUUCUUCAGACCAUUUGGAUCUUUGUGACCUUGGACAAGUAAUUUAAAGCUUUCAGACCUCUAUUUCUUCAUUGGUAAAAAUGAAAGAGGUAACCUUAGCCUUUUUAUCUCUAAAUCUAUGAGCCUAGGAUUGUUGGGAUAAUCUUGAUCCAUAAAGAAUAUAGUUCUCCCCUUGAUGCAUUUGGAGGAGGAUUAUGAUUUUGCCAGAAAUGGCAGAAGUUUCCAUCUAAAGGAAGCUGGGUAGUCCUACUUCUUUCUUAUGUCAUAAUGCGGCAAAAUCCUCAAAGGCCAAAUAAACUGCUAUAAAGUUUUUAGAAUUCAUAAGCUCCACAAAUAUCAAUGCUUAUACAAUGCCUUACUCAUUUAUUUUGCUUUGUCUUAUCUCUGUACUCCCCAAUCUUAACUUUAGAACUAAGAUUGUCCUUACAAAGUCUUCCCAGCUCAGUCUUUAUUUGAACCAACACUUAUUUAAGUAAUUAAGAGGGAUUAUCCCUAUUUUUCAGAUGAAGGUACUAAGAUUUCACUGAGAUUAAAUAACUUCCCUAAAGUCACAUAGCCGAUAAAUGAUUGAAGAAACUCAAGUGCAGUUGGAGACAGAACAGUGGGCCAAACCAUUAUCUUUGAAAUGAACUGAGAAAUAAAAAGAGCUGUUUGUUAAAGAAAGUCAACAUGGUGGAAGAAGGAGAGAGGAAACCAGUGCUGGAAAUGAUCCAGGCAGCUGGAACAGAUGGAAACUGUGUCACAUUUGUGUUGUAUGAUGAGGACCAUACACUAGGAAACUCUCUACGUUACAUGAUCAUGAAGAACCCAGAAGUGGAAUUCUGUGGAUAUAGUAUCACUCACCCUUCAGAAAGCAAAAUUAAUUUCCGCAUCCAGACUAAAGUGGGUCUUCCAGCUGUUGAGCCUUUUCGGCAAGGCCUUAAUGAACUCAUGGAUGUUUGUCAACAUGUGCUUAAUAAAUUUGAAGCAAGUAUAAAGAACUAUAAAGAUCAAAAAGAAGUUGAAAUGGAAUAGUUAAUCUGCCUUUGAUCAGAUCAGAAUGUGGACCUGUAUUGUUACCUUGUUUUAUAGAAUUGAUCUGUUCCUUAAAAAGUUAUCUUUGGAAAAAUAAAAUAUUUAAAUCAAAAAAUUAAAAUAUUUUGUAUCUAUUAAAAAACUUAUCUGGGGUCAAUUUGUAUAUAUUGAAUCCUAUUUUUACAGUUAUUUUUGUUAUACUAUGAAUAAAGAACUGGCACAGUAAAUGAAAUUAUACAUAAAGCAAUAAACCUGAAACAAGGGGAAAGCCUAUAAUUUUCUGAUUUCUUCAAUAUUCUUAUCUUUCAGUGAUAUCAAUCCAUUUCCUUUUUAGCGCCAGUGUAAUUCUUAAUUACUGUCAAUAUCACAGGCCACGUUAUUAUGCUGGGAAAUUUCCUCUACAUAAUUUUAUGUUUCUUGGUUUUCAUAUGAUUUUUCGUUGGGGCUUAGAGGCAAAAUAUCUUUUGUCCCACUUUAAAGCUCAUGAUUUCAUGUAAAAUUCUUUUUUUUCUUUGUAUAUAUAAAGUGUGUUGAAUAAAUUUGUAUUUUUAAAAAUUUAAAUACAUA